AUGGUCAACCAAGGAUACUGGGCUUCGCCCGUGGUCACAGCGCAUUGCGUUGAAGUUGCAAAGUUCCUAUUCGGAAUUUCGAUCGGAUUCUUCUUUUACGACGUCUUCCUUUCCGCAAAAUUCGAUUGGAGUAUCCUCACCGGAAAACGUCAACGUAGAUGGCCACAAUUGGCUUAUUUCGCAUGCAAAUUUUUGUUGUUUUGUUAUUUCAUCGUCAAUUUUGUCGUUCUCUACGCCGUCAAAGAGAUCAACUGUACUGCAACUCUGGAAAUGAUAGAAAUGUUGAUGGGUUUCUGCGUCAUUUGUUCAAGUAUUUUGUUGGCUUGCCGUACCGUUUGCGUUUAUGAAGGCCCUGCUCAAGUUCUUGUUUCGUUUACCCUUGGUAUUCUCACUUGCGGUCUAGGUGCUGCUUGGAUGGCAAACGUUACCGCUGUCUCUGUUUCAUGGAUUCCCGGUGGUGGUGCUGCUUGGACAGAAGGUGGAUGCGUUUGGACCGCAGUUCGUGAUGAUUAUUGGGUUAAAUACGUUUGCACAAUCAUUUUUGACGGAAUCGUUUUAUUCUUGACAAUCUUUGGUUUGGUUCAAAUGAGCGGUCCAAGUCACAUUGGUGCAGUUUUAUUACGUCAAGGAAUCGUUUACUUUAUCUUGACAUUCAUUGCAAAUUUGAUGAUCACAAUUCUCACUUUACUAAAGUUGUCACCAACAAUGGCUUUGAUCUUGGCCAUUCCACAAACAACAGUUUGUGUCUUGUGCGCUUGCAGAUUGUACAUCAAUUUGGCCGACGAAGCCCGU